AUGGCACGACAAAGCGAUGUCGAGAAAACCACCACAGCUCCAAACCUCCCUGCCUAUGCCCCCCAACCGGCCCAAACCAACACUCAUCCAUUCAUCGGUCGUCUUGGAGGAAACCAGGGUUUCGUACUCGAUCGAAAUGAUUCGGCCAAUGCAUCACUCCUCAAAGAUAUCCCUGAUGCUGCUCCCUACAUGACAUUGCGGGAGCAGCUUGAUCUGAAGGGAUUUAUGUGUUUAUCUUUGUGGAAAUCUGCUUUAGCCGAAGGGAUGGGAGCAAUGAUGCUAAUCUACCUCACAAUCUGGACCAGCAUAUCUCCCCAUGUUCUCCCCACCCCACCAACCACCCAACUCGGCCCCUUCGACAACGCAGCCUUCAUCGGCCCCAUCGUAGGUGGAAUCACAAACUGGCUCAUCCUAACCCUCUUCACCUUCUCCUUCGGCGCCGUCUCAGGCGCUCAUUUCAACCCCACCAUCACAAUCGCAACCUUCUGCGUCCGGCUCUGCUCCCUCCCCCGCAUGGUCCUCUACGUCUCCUUCCAAACGGCCGGCGGGGCUCUAGCCGGUCUCCUCGCUCGCGCCAGCUACGGGACCAGAGCCUUCAAGGUCGGCGGGUGUUGGCUUUUCGACGAUAUUGUUCCGGUCAGUAACGCUUUUGUGGUGGAGUUUAUGUGUUGUCUGAUCUCCAUCUUUCUGGCGUUUGGAGUGGGCUUGGAUCCGAGACAGAAACAGACCAUUGGUCCGAGUCUGGGGCCGUUCUUAGUGGGCAUGGUGCUUGGGACGAUUAGUUUUGCGAGUGCGUUUGCGAGGUAUGGGUAUGGAGGUGCGAGUCUGAAUCCGGCGAGGUGCUUUGGGUCGUUUGUGGGGAGUGCAUUUCCGGGGUGGCAUUGGAUUCAUUGGGUCGCGCCGAUUGUUGCUUGUAUUGUGCAUGCAGUCAUGUAUUUCAUUGUGCCCCCUUGGCAAGGGCAAGUAUAG